UUUGGUAGUGGGAGUUGGAGAAGAGGGAGCCAGGAAGAGGUCCGCUCGGUCCGGGAGAGAACCGCUCACUAAAUGGGGAGAGCCACAUCGGGGAUGGAAGAUGACGGACCGAUAACUGACGCCUGUAACAUGCCGAGCUUCAUCAGCAGUCUGGAGGAAGGGAGGGCGAAAUUGUCCCGCAACCUGCCGACGGAAACUUCCCUCGCGGACGGUAAAGUUGAGCGGUCGGUCAGAGAUUUGAGCCGCCGUGUCAGCAGAUCAAACUCUCGGUUAUCGCUGGACGGGGGCGAGCGGGAGUCGGAGGAGAGGAACAGCGAGGAGGAGAAGGAUGCGAAGGGCAACAACAACAACAACUGCAACGGCGGAGGAGGAGAGAGGAGGAGGGCGAGCGCUGUCGAGAUUUUGAGGAGGAAUUUCGGGGUUUCAAAGUCUCCCUCCGUGUAUCUGAACACUAACAGUCGGAGUAAUGGCGGCGCCGAGCACGAGCCCCGCGAAGGAGCCGUUACUAACGACGUUUCAAACGGUUAUGAAAGUGAAUGUAGCGAAUGUAAAAAGUCGGAGCGGGAACCGGGCGACGCGGGGACUAAAAACGAACCAACCUCCAGCGACUUGACUUCGGAUGUACAAGGAGUUGAAUUUUUAACAUGUCACCGCCAUCAUAAAUGUGACAGUGACGUCAACACGGCCACUUUAGACGAGUCCUUCAACAGUAAGGAACACAUCUACUGCACUGUCUACUGCAUCGCUAAUGACAGCCUCCGAACAGACGUUGAAAUCACAGACGAUGAAACCAUCCCAUGUGACGCACCAGAAAUGGACUUGGAGCCCGGACAGGACGCGGGUUCGAGUCCCGAACCGGUUCUCUACACACUGGACGACCUGGUGGACCCUUUCGGGAACAUAACACACCGGUUUUCCAUGCCUGAGCAGGCCGGUGCAGAGACAGCGUUGCAGAGUUGCCGGGUGUGCCUGGAGGAGAAAACCAUCGCACCCUUGCCCUGCUGCAGGAAGGCCGUGUGCGAUGAGUGUCUGAAGCUCUACGUCAGCCCCCAGGUGCGAGUAGCCAAAACGUACAUCAUCUGUCCGAUCCCAGAGUGCAGCGGCUACCUGGAGGAGGGAGUGGUGAUUUCCCAUUUAGCCAGCGAGGACGUGGCAAAGUAUCGUUACUUUUUGGAGCUGAGUCAGCUGGACUCCAGCACCAAACCCUGCCCCCAGUGCAGUCACUUCACCUCUCUGAAGGGCCACAACCCCAGCCGCUCCGAGCACAAGUACAAGAUCCAGUGUAGCAAUUGCCAGUUUGUGUGGUGCUUCAAAUGCCACGCGCCAUGGCACAACGGGGUCAAGUGUCGCGACUACAGAAAAGGAGACAAGCUGCUUCGAAGCUGGGCCAGUGUCAUAGAGCACGGCCAAAGGAAUGCCCAGAAAUGUCCACAGUGCAAGAUCCAUAUUCAGCGCACAGAGGGAUGUGACCAUAUGACAUGUACACAGUGUAACACCAACUUCUGUUACCGCUGUGGAGAGCGCUACCGACACCUAAGGUUUUUUGGGGAUCAUACGUCCAACCUCAGUGUGUUUGGGUGCAAGUUUCGCUAUCUACCUGACAAACCUCAUCUGAGACGGCUAAUUAGAGGGUCUGUCUGUGCCACGAAGGUGCUGAUAGCUCCAGUGGUCAUUUUGCUGGUCAUGGUGCUCGGAUCUCUCGCCUUGGUGAUAGGUUUCGUAGUUUUCCCAGUCUACUAUGUGUGUAAGAGGAGGAAGAAGCAGCGCACGCAGGGCUCCGGACGCUGGAUCUGAAACCUGCCCUGCGCCUUGUCUAAACCACACACGCAGCUUGAAGACAUCUCCUCAGGGACGAAAACGCCAGCCUGAGUCACCGCAAAUGUCUGAGGGGAACAUCACAAAAUUAACAAUGGCGAUCAGUGAAAAGGGCAGCAGUGUCUCUUUCCAGAAAUCAUAACCCGGUGACUCAAGAUAAUCCACAGACCUUGUUUUGAGCAGUUUCAUGCAGGAACUAUUUUCCUUCAGCCUAAGUACACCUACCAAGUGUAUCACAGCGCAGCAGGAAGCGUCCAUGACACGUCACAGGAUGUUUAAGCAGUGUCCAUUUGCAGCUUUUUACUCUUCUGUCAUACAUUUAACAACAGCUGUCUCUCAGGAGAACAAAUCUAAACGCACGUAACGGACGGAUGCAGUUGUGUUUACACCCGCACUCAUGAGAACGCGUUAAAAGAGCAAGCUUGGAGCGCAUUCCUUGGUCGAUAUGAUGGCGUACAUACUGGAUAUUAUGAACACUGACUGCUGGGAAACAGUAGGAGGAGCUCACAGAUGAGAAACUGAUACAUGUGAGGAAAUAAUAUCUUCCUUAUUGAACUUUUGCAAAAGCUUUAGUCAUUUGUCAACAGUGCGAGAUGGAGUUUAGGACCAAGCCAUGAUGGGAAAUGAGCUCUCACAGCUGGACACUGACUUUGUUCAUCCUCUGCUGGUGGAAACUCAGAUAAUAUUGGAUAUUAAAAAUUCCAAUUGCGAUGCGGAGUCUUUGACAGGCACACUGUUGAAAAUAAUAUAAGAGGACUUCACAUGGAGGGAUGGACGGAUGAUAGUUGAAGGUUUUGCAUGAAGAUUUAAAAGCUGAGUUGUGUGUCUGGACCCUGAGAGUGACACACAGGCCACACCCAUUAUAUAAAAAAUGGGGUGUGUUCAGCCCUCUAACCCCUAAACGAAAUAUUGCAAAGUGGAAUUUCAGCAAGCCUCCAUUGUUCCCUGUUCUCCAUCAACUCCUCCUUCUAUCUGCCCCUCACUUCCAUUCGGUCCCUCCUCUCCGCCUGGUUGGACGGUGGCUCACACACCCUCCCUGCCUGGCAGGUCGUCUCUGCUGUGCCCACACACUGUAUGCCAGUAUCUGCAUCAUCAAAAAAAAAAAAAAAAAAAAAAAGCUGCCGUGCGGCAAUUGUGCCAAAACAAAACGCUGAAUGUGGCAGGACAGAUGGUUGACCCUGUCCCUUUGUUAGAUUAUUUUGUUGUUAUUGUUUUUUUAGGGGGUUGCCUGUUGCAGAGGUUUUGGUUGGAGAUGCUGUCAGUGUGUAGCGGAGUCUGCAUAAAGAAACAGAGGCUCUAUAAGACUGUAGGAAUAUGCAUUAGAUAGUUAAAUGCUGCUUAUAGUUAAAGUGACUGAACAUGCUGUUGCGAAUGGUAGCUGUUGCUAAACAGGAUAAAGUAUUUAAGAUUGUACUUUUCUUUACGAUGUAGCCGGGGUGGUGGUUUGCUUCAGAGCUGAACAGGGUGUUAGGGUUUUUGUUUUUAAGUAUGAGUUCAGAGGUUAUCCUCAGGCUGCUGUGCACUGAAUGUGUGGAAUAAAUUUGGAUGUUAAAGGUCCAGUGUGAAGGAUUUAGAGGGAUAAAAACCUCCCGAACAUCUGGGUCUUAAGUUAUAGAAGAAAAAAGGUGAGCACACAUUAGCAGAUGCUGGACUAACAGCGUAUCUGCGACGAGCCGAACAGCAUCAGAGAAACACUCAUUUUUAGUGUAAAAUUGCCGGUUUAAAUCACGUGGUCUGUUUGUUUUGGAGAGGAAGAGACCUGCGGAUAAUUUAGCUCCUGGUAAAAACCUCCUGAGCGAUGAACACUGAAGGAAUCCUAACUGGGCGACUGCAGUCCUCACCUCUAGAUGCCACUAAAUCCUACACACUGUUCCUAUGAUUGUUAGGUGACCAGGUUUUAAGAAGUGAUGCACAGAGUUUGGUUUUGCGUCUGAUAUUUGCAGUGGUAACAGGACGUCUGUCUGUAAUGAGAGUUUGGAUAGUGACAUAGUGGCUUUUAAAGUUAUUCACACUGGCACACACUGCGAGAUAGCACACACUCGGCGUGCUACCAGGAAACAGGAGAUUUUCAAGAGCUUUAAAGGUCAUCACCUGGCAGCAGCCAGCUCGCUGUCCUUCACUUAUCCCUCUAUCCUCUCCUCCCUGCUGUCAGGCCCUAGUUUUGAAAAUGAGUGCACAUCCACUGGAGCUGUGGCGGCUGUUGAGCCACAAAAUAAUCAUCCAGACUCGACGCUUUGGAGCCUCUGAUACGUGAGAAUAGCACAGAGCUACCUGCGGAGCGAGCUGCGGUCGAGUACAAGUGGUUUCCACAUCACUCACAGAUAUUGUUUUGUGUGUUUAGCUCACCCCUUCACUGAGUGAUCUUUUUUUUUUUUUUUUUCCGCUCCAUCGUGAGACGUUUAUGAAGACGGUUUAAAGAAAACAAAGACGAGGACAAGCACAAUGUAUCUGCACAUAAGAGAUGCUACAGCAUGGAAAAGGAUGUGGGAUGAUAAAAGCCAAGGCCUCCAUUGGAAACAGAGAAGAUCAUUGCAUAAUGAAAUUUGUAGUGGUUACCAGUGGGACAUAUUCUGAGUGUUGCAGUACAUUUCAUCACUGGAUCACUGACACCAGGAUUUAAGGCAUGAAGGAAAAGCAGGGUUGAUGUUCAUGCAUGUUGGACAUCAUUAACUCGUCUUUAUCCCAGGGAUCUGACACAUUUUCUACAUCUGGGAUUUAAACACUGACUGUCAAAGUGCAGUGAAACUGUACAUACAAGGGUCCUAAAGGGCACCGACAAUAUAUUGCUACACACACUGCUUUCAGGAGGUCCUGACUCUGGGUUUGAAUCCACUCUCAGGGAGUUUGUUUUCUGUUCACUGUACCCAGAGCGCUGCAUCCACACGAGCUGUGCCACAGACAUCGCAGAGUUAAAAUGCUUCCUGAUACAUUUGCCCAGAGCUGCUUAGCAAACAUAUUAAAUUCCAGGAAGUAAAAACAUUGUAGUGUCAAAAGAGAUCCAAAUAUCUCAGAGAUGCAAACACAGUCUGUGUUUUUAGAGCAUGACUCAGCUGUUUGUGAAAGCUGCUUAGGGGUCAGGGGACUGAAAAGUCCAACGAGGAAAUAUGUAUGAGUCAUACAGCUCUGGCAAAUUAAAUGUGUAAAGUAUGCGCCAAACAUAAACAUUGACACUGUCUACUUAAAGAAAUAUUAAAUUCCCCCCUCUAAAUGACCAUCUGUUUAUCAGUUACUCACCCUAAGAAAACUUUUUUCUCACAUGCCUCCAGUGAACUAAGAAUCCAAAAACUGAGAAAAUUCUCAAAGAACUUAAGUAGAUGGGAAAAAAAUACAUCAAAACAUAAGAAUUCAAGUCUUAGCAUCCAGUCACUUCCCAAAUAGACAGUCCUUGCUGACAGGGAACUGAACUAAAAGUGAAACUUAUCUGUUCUCUUCAUAGCUAGACUCCAUUGACAAAAACAGUAAUUUUACCUCACUGAACACAGGAGCUGCUGGUCUACCACUGCCUCUAUCGGUUAGUUUGUUGUGUAACUGUGUGCCGUUGGUGUUUUAAAUGGUUAGAUUAUGGUCAGAUCCACCAAAGUCACACGAUAACAAAAAUAAACUACUGAUAGAAGCUGCA